GGAGGGCGCAGCUUGGCCCCUGCACCCUCCCGGGUCCAGGCCUCGCCCUGCCUCGGCUCUACUCCUGAGGGGCCUGUGGGGUGCAGCCAGCCUGGUCUGAGCUCUCCUGCAGAUGGAGGAGCCCGUGCUGGGUCUCCUGCUGCUGCCUCUCCUGACCGUGCUGCUGAUGGUGCUGUGCGUGCGUUGCCGCAGGCUGUCAGGUGAGUUAGAAGCUGGCAAGCGUGCUGGAUGCCCGAGCUCCCCGGCAGGGAUCCUCGCCCGUUCCCCAGCCCCUCCGCCAAUUCAUAUAACGGUGCCUCCUCAGAUAGAAACAGUUGUCCCCUGGCCACCUGCCACCCCCUACCCACCCGUGAGCCCACCAGACCUGCUCCCCAUCCCACGAUCCCCACAGCCCCCCGGGGGCUCCCACCAGAUGCCAUCUUCCCGGCAGGAUUCAGAUGGCGCCAACAGCGUGGCGAGCUACGAGAACGAGGCGCCGGCAUGUGAGGACGCAGAUGAGGACGAGGAUGAGGAAGACUAUCCCAACGAGGGCUACCUGGAGGUGCUUCCCGACAGCACCCCAGCCAUCAGCACUGCCACCCCAUUGGCUUCCGUGCCCAGCAAGGCUGGCCUCCGAGACAGCGCCUUCUCCAUAGAGUCCAGCGAGGACUAUGUGAAUGUUCCCGAGAGCGAGGAGAGUGCGGAAGCGUCUCUGGACGGCAGCCGGGAGUAUGUGAAUGUGUCCCAGGAACUGCAGCCAGCGGCUAGGACCGAGCCCGCCACCCUGAGUUCCCAGGAGGUGGAAGAUGAGGAGGAAGAGGAAGAGGACGGAGCUCCAGAUUACGAGAAUCUGCAAGAGCUUAACUGAGGCCUGUGGAGGCCGUGUCUGCCCUUGAACCAGCCUUACCUGGGAGGGCAGAGCUGGCAGCUGGAAGUGGCUCUGGGGGACCCCACUUGGCGCCCUGCCCUGGCUCCAGCCUGACUGCAGCCUGAGAACUUCCCCCCUAACUUAUUGUCACUUUGGGGUCCAGUCUGUGUCCCCCGAACACUCUGCACCUUCUGACGCAGCCUGAGAAUGAACUACCCUGGCCCCAGCCCUGCUCUUUGUAAUAGAAUAAAGGCCAGUGUG